AUGACCAACAGAGACCUCCUGUCCACAUUCAGCCACCGUGGACAGCUCCUGACCGCCUCUCACCUUUCGACACUGUCAUGCUUGAGUUGUCCUUACCGGGCGAGGUGGCUCAUGCCUGUAAUCCCAGCAUUUUGGGAGGUCAAGGCAGGCAGAUCACCUGGUCAGGAGUUCGAGACCAGCCUGGCUAACAAGAAACAACCAGCUAUGUCUUGGGAUCAAAAUCCAGAACAAUCAACUGGAAAUUACAGUGACGAUGAACAAAACGGAAAGCAGAAAUGGAGAGAAGGAGGAGGAGAAGCAGGCAGAAAGAGAGAACGAGAAAAAGAAGAAGAAAAUGAGAAGGAGCUGGAAGAUGAACAGGAAAAUAAAAGGAAAAGGGAAAAUGAGAAACAGAAACAGUAUCCCGAGAAAAGAUUAGUCAGCAAAUCCCUCAUGGACACUCUCUGGUCAAAGUUUAAGUUAAACAGGUGCCCCACAAUACAAGAGAGUCUAUCACUCUCGUUUGAAUUUGGCAUGACCCAUAAACAGAUAAGUCAAUGGUUUUGUAAAAAGAGGAAGAAAUACAAUAGAGAAAUGUCCAAGAGAAAGCAUAAGAAAAAAAUACGACGUAAGAAAGUGUUUCUUGUAAAAUAA